AUGGUAGUUACUACAAGGGGUGGAAAUUACUCUAUUGAACCUUCAAUGCCGCCUGGAGUGAAAAGUGCCAAAGAGAAGGAAGAGGAUGAAGUUGAGGUAGUAGAGGAGCCAAAAGAUCAAGAUGUGAAGGAGGCUGAGGUGAUGCAAAAGAUCAUCCCUAUGCCGAGACCUCUACCUCCCUUCUUACAAAAGGCACUUUUACAAAUACCUGGUUACCCAAAGUUCAUGAAUGAUCUGGUGACUAAAAAGAGGGAUGUCAGUUUUGAAGGUGAUGACAAGUUGCAGCAUUGUAGCGUUAUUGCUACUAAAUCUGUAGUGCAGAAGAAGGAAGAUCUUGGAGCUUUUACCAUUCCAUGUACUAUUGAAUUUGGGCUUAAGAUCCCCUUAACUGACUGCAAUUUGGCUACUUAUGGCUGGUCAAAUCGUGAAGAAACUGAUUGGGGUUCUUCAAAAUGUCUUGUGAAAGUUGAGGCAUUCAUCUUUCCGGUGGACUUUGUGAUACUAGACUGUGAGGUUGACUUUGAAGUACCCAUUAUUUUAGGGAGACCAUUCCUUGAUACUAGGCGUGCUUUGGUCGAUAUGAAAAGAGGGCAGAUGAAGUUCUGA